GCCGCGUUUACCAGAGCGGCGGGCGGCGUGAGAGUGCUCGGGGCUGGACUCCCCUCCGCCGCCGCGGCGGGCGCUGCAGGUACCAGUGACCCCGGCUGGGGAAGGCUCCGAGCGCGCGGCAACAUGGCUUCCCCGCCCCACCAGCAGCUGCUGCAGCACCACAGCACCGAGGUGAGUUGUGACUCCAGCGGAGACAGUAACAGCGUGAGGGUCAAAAUCAACCCCAAGCAGCUGUCGUCCAACAGCCACCCCAAACACUGCAAGUACAGCAUCUCUUCCAGCUGUAGCAGCUCCGGGGACUCAGGGGGUGUCCCCCGGAGAGUAGGCGCCGGAGGUCGCCUGCGCAGGCAGAAGAAGCUGCCCCAGCUGUUCGAGAGGGCCUCCAGCCGUUGGUGGGACCCCAAGUUCGACUCGGUGAACUUGGAGGAGGCUUGCCUGGAGCGCUGCUUCCCGCAGACCCAGCGCCGCUUCCGGUACGCGCUCUUCUACAUUGGCUUCGCAUGCCUGCUGUGGAGCAUCUAUUUUGGGGUCCACAUGAGAUCCAAACUGAUUGUCAUGGCAGUCCCUGCUCUGUGCUUCCUCGUGGUGUGUGUGGGCUUUUUCCUGUUUACCUUCACCAAGCUGUAUGCCCGACAUUACGUGUGGACCUCGCUGGUUUUCACCCUACUGGUGUUCGCCCUGACCCUGGCUGCCCAGUUUCAGGUUCUGACGCCUGUCUCAGGACGUGUUGACAGCUCCAAUCAUACUCCCGCAGCCAAGCCCACAGACACUUGCUUAUCUCAAGUGGGGAGCUUUUCCAUGUGCAUCGAAGUGCUCUUUUUGCUCUACACCGUCAUGCACUUACCUUUGUACUUGAGCUUGUUUUUGGGAGUGGCCUAUUCUGUUCUUUUUGAGACCUUUGGUUUUCAUUUCCGAGAUGAAAACUGCUUCCCCUCACCUGGAGCAGGGCCCCCACACUGGGAGCUGCUGAGCCGGGCCCUGCUCCACAUCUGCAUUCAUGCCAUUGGGAUCCACCUAUUCAUCAUGUCCCAGGUGAGAUCCAGGAGCACCUUCCUCAAGGUGGGACAGUCAAUUAUGCAUGGAAAGGAUCUGGAAGUGGAAAAAGCCCUGAAAGAGAGGAUGAUUCAUUCUGUGAUGCCAAGAAUCAUAGCUGAUGACUUGAUGAAACAGGGGGACGAGGAGAGUGAGAAUUCUGUGAAAAGGCAUGCUACCUCCAGCCCCAAGAACAGGAAGAAAAAGUCUUCCAUACAGAAAGCCCCUAUAGCAUUCCGCCCAUUUAAGAUGCAGCAGAUUGAAGAGGUCAGUAUUUUAUUUGCAGACAUCGUGGGCUUCACCAAGAUGAGUGCCAACAAGUCCGCUCAUGCCCUGGUGGGUCUCCUCAAUGAUCUGUUCGGUCGCUUUGACCGACUGUGCGAAGAGACCAAGUGUGAGAAAAUCAGCACCCUGGGAGACUGCUACUACUGUGUGGCAGGGUGCCCUGAGCCCCGAGCCGACCAUGCCUACUGCUGCAUUGAAAUGGGCUUGGGCAUGAUAAGAGCCAUCGAGCACUUCUGCCAGGAGAAGAAAGAGAUGGUGAACAUGCGUGUUGGGGUUCACACGGGGACCGUCUUGUGUGGCAUCUUGGGCAUGAGGAGGUUUAAAUUUGAUGUGUGGUCCAAUGAUGUGAACCUGGCCAAUCUCAUGGAGCAGCUGGGAGUGGCUGGCAAGGUUCACAUUUCCGAGGCCACUGCAAAAUAUCUAGAUGAUCGGUACGAAAUGGAAGAUGGGAGAGUUACUGAACGCCUUGGGCAGAGCGUUGUUGUUGACCAGUUGAAAGGUUUGAAGACAUACCUGAUAGCGGGUCAGAGAGCGAAGGAGUCUCAUUGCAGCUGUUCAGAGGCCUUACUUUCUGGCUUUGAGGUCAUUGACGGCUCCCGGGUGUCCUCAGGCCCUAGGGGACAGGGGACAGCAUCGCCAGGGAGUAUCAGUGACUUGGCGCAGACUGUCAAAACCUUUGAUAACCUUAAGACCUGCCCUUCAUGCGGAAUCACGUUUGCUCCCAAAUCGGAAGCUGGCACAGAAGGAGGAGCAGUGCAAAACGGCUGUCAGGAGGAGCAUAAAAAUAACACCAAGGCUCCUGGAGGACCUAAUUCCAAAACCCAAAACGGACUUCUGAGCCCUCCUCAAGAGGAGAAGCUCACCAACAGCCAGACGUCCCUGUGUGAGAUCCUACAGGAAAAGGGAAAGUGGGCAGGUGUCAGCUUGGACCAGUCUGCUCUCCUUCCAUUGAGGUUCAAGAAUAUCCGGGAGAAAACAGAUGCCCACUUCGUUGAUGUUAUCAAAGAAGACAGCCUGAUGAAAGAUUAUUUCUUUAAGCCACCCAUUAAUCAGUUCAGCUUGAACUUCCUGGAUCGGGAACUCGAACAAGCCUACAGGACCAGCUAUCAAGAAGAGGUUAUGAAGAAUUCUCCCGUGAAGACUUUUGCCAGCGCCACCUUCAGCUCCCUCCUGGAUGUGUUUCUGUCGACAACAGUGUUUCUGAUUCUCUCCAUCACCUGCUUCCUGAAGUACGGGUCCGCCACCACACCUCCCCCGCCCGCCGCACUGGCUGUCUUCAGCGCAGCCCUGCUGCUGGAGGUGCUGUCCUUGGUGGUCUCUGUCAGGAUGGUGUUUUUCCUGGAGGACGUGAUGACUUGUACCAAGCACCUGCUGGAAUGGAUCGCCGGCUGGCUCCCACGCCACUUCAUCGGGGCCAUCCUGGUGUCACUCCCUGCUCUCGCAGUCUAUUCACAUAUCACCUCGGAGUUUGAGACAAACAUACAUUUCACGGUGUUCACGGGCUCGGCCAUUCUGAUCGCCGUCGUGCACUACUGUAAUUUCUGCCAGCUCAGCUCCUGGAUGCGGUCCUCCUUAGCCACUGUCGUCGGGGCCAUGCCCCUGUUUCUGCUUUACAUCUCCCUGUGCCCCGACAGUGCCAUAGUAAUGUCACACCUUGGUGCAGUACAGAAUUUCAGUUCCGAGAGGUAUCUGUGCAAUAGUUCAUUGCUGCAUGACAGCAGGAAGCCAGCCAGCCUGAUUGGCCAGGAGGUGAUUCUCGUCUUCUUCCUCCUGCUUUUGUUGGUCUGGUUCCUGAAUCGAGAGUUCGAAGUCAGCUACCGCCUUCACUACCAUGGGGACGUGGAGGCAGACCUUCACCGUACCAAGAUCCAGAGUAUGAGGGACCAAGCCGACUGGCUGCUGAGGAACAUCAUCCCCUACCAUGUGGCCGAGCAGCUGAAGGUUUCCCAGACCUACUCCAAGAACCAUGACAGCGGGGGUGUCAUCUUCGCCAGCAUUGUCAACUUCAGCGAGUUCUACGAGGAGAACUACGAGGGAGGCAAGGAGUGCUACCGGGUCCUCAACGAGCUGAUCGGGGACUUUGACGAACUCCUGAGCAAGCCAGACUACAGCAGCAUUGAGAAGAUCAAGACCAUUGGGGCCACGUACAUGGCCGCGUCGGGUCUGAACGCCACCCAGUGCCAAGACGGCAGCCACCCGCAGGAGCACUUGCAGAUCCUGUUCGAGUUUGCCAAGGAGAUGAUGCGUGUAGUGGACGACUUCAACAACAACAUGCUGUGGUUCAACUUCAAGCUCAGAGUCGGCUUCAACCACGGGCCCCUGACGGCAGGGGUCAUUGGCACGACCAAGCUGCUGUAUGACAUCUGGGGGGACACCGUCAACAUCGCCAGCAGGAUGGACACCACAGGGGUGGAGUGUCGUAUCCAGGUGAGUGAAGAGAGCUACCGCGUCCUCAGCAAGAUGGGCUACGACUUCGACUACAGGGGCACGGUGAACGUCAAGGGCAAAGGUCAGAUGAAGACCUACCUUUACCCGAAGUGCACGGACAAUGGGGUCGUGCCACAGCACCAGCUGUCCAUCUCCCCAGACAUCCGUGUCCAGGUGGAUGGCAGCAUUGGACGGUCUCCCACGGACGAGAUUGCCAACCUGGUGCCUUCUGUACAGAACUCAGACAAGACAUCUCUGGGUUCUGAGAACAACACACAGGCCAAGGACACUCACGUAUCUUCAAAGAGACUCUGGAAAGAGCCUGUCAAAGCCGAAGAAAGGUGUCGAUUUGGCAAAGCCAUAGAGAAAAGCGACUGUGAAGAAAUGGGGAUGGAAGAAGCCAAUGAACUCACCAAGCUCAAUGUCUCAAAGAGUGUGUGACGCAGUGCGCAAAUGCUGCCCACGGUGCUCUGUUCGUCAAAACACAAUAAUAUUUGUAUUUGGCUGUUAUGCGUUCCAGGCACCACAGUUUCCAUCCCUGGAUGUGGUGUCAUGUGGUCAUUGCAGCCCUAACUUCUGUGUGGAUCACAGUUAUUCAGGGUUCAUUUUCACCCAUUGCUUUCCUUUUUCUCCCCCUGGAACCCUCUCCCCUUGGUGUAACCGUUUAGCAGCGUGGAGAACAAGUGCCUUCAGGGGCUGGCCAUGGCUUCGGAGUCUAGGGACAGGGGCCGCAGGUGGAGAUCCUGGCACUGGGUGUUGUUGGACUUUGAAAACAAAAACUGUGGUUAAGAUAUCAUUUUUAUUGCUUUCUCUCACAGGACACUUUUUCUUUUUUGCUAAUACAACAUUUUUGAGGUUUGUUUUUUUCUGUAUACAUAGUAGAGUUUUCCAGUGACCUGACCUUUUUAUGUAAACACAUACACGCACACACACUUGCAUUUAUGAAUCUGAGAUCAAGUGCCAGUAACUCCCUGAGAGAGGAUGUCAAGGGGGGACAUGGGCUGAGAAUAGCAGUCAGCCAGGACGGCCCGGUGCCCCUCCCCCCCAAUCCUUCCAGAGCAUCCGGGCCCUCGUUGGCUGUGGGUGCCCAGCUCCCCACACCUCCACACGCAGGCCAGGAUUCCAAAUGCUAACUAACCAGUAACAAAGCUUGUGAACCCAGGCCUCAGGUAUUUAAAAGCUGUUUUCAGUCUGCCCCUGUGCCAAGGGGUCUUCCAGCUGGGAGCGAAGGGGUUUGGCUUUGAGUCUGACUCAUCUGAGAGGGAAAUGAAAAUAAACGUCUAAGGGUUGCAUUUAUUUAUUUAUUUAUUAAUCAGGAAACGUGUGUUUCAGGAAGGGGGUGGGGGGUGCCGGGUCAUCCUGGCGAAGGGAAAUAGGCUCCCGGGGGCAGCAGAGGGCACACAGCAGAGGAUGGGAACAUGUCUGUUAGUGUUUUAGCCACUUUGGGUCCCCUCUUCAACAAGGGGACCAGGCAGGACCCCAGCGGACACAGUGCUCUGAGUCAGAGAAACCCUCUGCCACCAUUUUUAAAUCGAAUGCCGCUAUUUCUGCCCUGCGUGCCGCUGCAGGAAUCGGAUCAGAACCCUGCUUGGUGUGAACUAGGAGGUCUGGGGAGAGCACAAGGGUGGGAAGCAGUGCCGGCGCUGUCUUGGCCUUCACACAUUCAAGAAGUUUCUCCAUCCUUCCCAUUCUUGGCCUGCGCAGGGCCUAUUUGUGACAGGAUUUGACCCGGUGAGCGAAUGGCAGCCCUCUUUAAAUGGUGUUCUUGCACUGUACGUUAGGAUAGAACUGUCUGGAUGCAAAUAAGGUGUUGAACCAGGGGCAGUAUAGAAAACCUAGGAAACUCACUUCUGUGCCCUUUGUUGCCAAUCCUGCUUAUAAUUACGAUUUGCCACGUGGAGUUUGAAGUUUAUGUAGAACUGAACUCAGGCUAGAGUUUCCCUGCCAUAGUCACAGUUUUUUUUUAAGGUGAUGCUGACAUACAGCUCAUGGGAUAAUUUGAGGACUAGCUCUUUCUCUGUUUAAGGUCUUCACCGAUGUGCCCUAUGCAUUUUUGUUUUUCACUGAUAAAUCUGCAUGUAACUCACAUCUGUGUUAAGUCCCGUUAUCACUCCUCCUCCCCAAGUAUGUACAGAAUCUGCCAUUUCCAGCAUCAUGAAAUAUUGAUUCUGAUCAGCCAUCUCUCCUGGGGACAUGCAUGGGAUGACCACCUUGCUGUGCAGCUGUAGCCAGGAUCUCAACACCCUGGGGAAUUGAGAGCAUUCUCAGUAACUAAGAUAUUCCUUCAGGUUUUACUGUCACUUUGUUGUUCUUCCAAUGUCGGAGAAAGGAUGGUUGUGACAAUACCUCUUGCUUCUAAAGAAUGUAUUCUUAGAAAAUACUGCAGAAUUUUUAUUUUUUCUUGAAAACACUACCUGAUGCUCUCCUUGUCCAUAGGGAUUGUGGGCGCGUUCCGGGUUUCUUCCAUCAGUAUUAAGGUGUGUGUUGGAGUGCAGCCCUGUGUCUUUGCCUUCUCGCUCCAGGCCCUGUAGCUUUGGUGGCACCUAAGGGGCUGGGCAGUUGCCCAUGAGUUACCGGCGUCUCUGCUGUUUCAUUCAAAACGUGCUCAACAAAGUUCAUCUCUGCACACACUUCCUUCCUACCAAACUCUUUUUUGUCCUGCCUCUCCUACAAAGGUGUUUAUGAUUUCUGACCCUGGGAACCUGAGAAGCUGCAAACCACAGGGAGAGAAUCGUGCCAUCCGAUGGUCUGGUUCAGCAUUGUGCAAUGGGCGGCUCACCCAGAGUUUAAAAUUGUCUUUAAAAAAACGCCCUGAACCUUCCUAAGUAACCAGCUCAGAUGUGCUCUCUGGUCCUUCCCUGUUCCCUGCUCUGAAGUAUACCUCAACACGGAACCACAGAAUCUCUGCAAUGGAAAUGCAGUGUGUCUCACCCUGUUGGCAUUGAACAGAUAGUUGCGGAGGACGGACGGGUUUCUAAGCAGCGGGUUCAAGCGCUACCGACAUGACGGAUGCAUUCUUCAGAGUGGCAAUACCUCUUCUGAACUUAGGGCAGGAAGCAAUACUUCAGAAUUGAAUGUGUGUAAAUAGUUGCUUUGAGUUGCAAUUGCUAUUUUCUUGGCCCCGGGUCAGAUCAAAUUAUAUAUAUGUAUUAUAAACAAGCACAUAAUUUUAUCCAAUGCAAACAAAUAUAGAGCAUCAGUUAUGAAACCCUUAAGUAGCUUGAAGAGUCGCACAGAUUAUGCAACACCUGCACACGACUCCGUUAACACUGACUUCACUUGUGGAGACGACACCUGCACAUUUGCACAUGACAUUGAGAGCCAAAGGGCCUCGUGCUUCCCGUUCCGUGGGCUGUAAUAAUUUGUAGUUUCCAAAGAUCUGUCUUGGUUUGCAUUUUUAGAAUUUUAAGGUAAGCAUUUUUUUGGUUGGUUGUUUCGGAAAAUCACAUCAUGCCUAGAAAUCUGAAAUUAGCAAAAACCAACUGUUUGCAUUUUCCGUCUUUCCUUUGCUCUACUAUUUUUAAAUUGUUAAUUCUAAUAAUUUCAAAAUGCAUCCACUGAAGAAAUGGACAUUAAAAUAUUCUGAAAUCUAAAUAUUUGAUGCCUGGUAUUUCCUCUUUGAAAAGACCAGUACCACUUCAGAGAUUGGGGCAUCCCGCAUUUCCUGCAAUUCGUGGCUGAAAUAGGAAGAUUGGCUUUUCUUUUGCGUCAUGACUUUGAAAACAAGGCAACUAAAAACAAGAACCAAAACCCCAUUCGUGUAUGUGUUUUGGUCGGGGUUUUAUGAACAUAUCUGCUACAGUUAACUUUGGAGUAGAAGUAUUUAUGUUUACAUGGAACUUAAAAAAAAUAAAAAGCAGGUUGCAGGACUAGUUUUGCUUACGUCAACAUCCUUGUUUUAUUAGGCCUUCUAAGUAGUUUUUCCUGCAAUAUCUUAAGAGAGGAAUUGACUAAGAAAAUGAAUUCAAUUUCCUGGAAAGAUGUGCCAUGUAGCUUCUCCCUUGCAGAGUUCCUGGGAAUGCCCGUAUCACAGGGAAGUCACAAAGCCAUUUCAGAAUCUGUUUGAAGUCACAGAGCCUCUCUUCCCAGAAACAUCAUGCCAUUUAUACAUACCCUAGGUUUUCACAACACCUCCAACUUUGGAGCCAAACUGGAUCUUCUGGUGUUUAGAGCCUUUUCCCGAAAGGAUUUUUCCUGAUGGGUCCAGUAUUUAUGAGCAAUCAACACAGAGGUCCUCUUGUAGAAUCAGUAAAGGGAGAUGGAGGUGUGCACCCGCCCAUCCUUGCUCCUCAGCUCACAGGGAUCGAGCUUGUAGGUGAUUCUCUGCUAGGACCUGAUGCCAGUGAGGACACUGUACCUUGAGGAGGGCAUUCUUUCCUCCCCAGACUGUGCCACAGGCAUCCCUAGGAACCUUUCCAAGAGGUUAGAGAAUGGCAGUCUUUGCUGCAUGGAAGGUCUUAUGAGAACAUGGGUCUCUUGACUAGAAAGGGCACCCAGGAACUUAGAGCAUUUCUCAAACAGUCCUGAAAGGCCGCCUCUAAUUUUCACAACAAGCCUCAGAACUUAACUGUUUUUGGUUUCUCUUUUGUCUGAAAUCUCUUUCACACGUGGUUGCUUUGUUCUGCUGUGGGAAUCUAUCAUUGUGGCUACCUGGAAUAGAUCCCAAGUUCCAGGAAAAGGAAGCGAACUGGGAAAAGAGAUAAGUGACAGGAAGUGAUUAAGAAAAAGUACACACUUGCACACCAUAUACGUGUAAGUUUAAAAUCUCCCGAGUGUCUAUUUUUAUAUGGUUCCUUUGUAAAAAUUGUGGUUUUUUUUAAUAACAUGACUCCAGAGAGUUGUUACUAUGUAUUAGAGUAAUUUAAGCUUGGGGAAUUCUCAUAUUCCUGCUGGGCCUGAAAGUCGGAAGGAGAAGUGAAUUAAGCAAUGAUGUGUUGAGCAAUAUUAGUGCUUCCUGAUACCUGUCAUCAACAGCAGCAAUUCUGAACCUUUUUCUGGCUCACAAAGCCUUUGAUAGUUUGAUGAAAGCUGUGGCUCCUUUCUCCACGAAAAAAAAAAAAUGCACAUGAAAAUAAACCCUCUUAAUGUUGCACACAAUUGCAGGAGUUCCUGGAUCCAAAUAAAAUACCCAUGAUCUGCAAUAACUAGACAAACGGUGAUUUUUAGUUGUAACUAUCUGCAGAUCCAGUUUCCAAGCAUUUCUGGGCUCUCCAUUGGGAACUUGAUUAAACAUGUUAAUGUUGCUUAUUUAUACUUUUCCAAUCAAAAUUAUAUUUUAGAGUUUUAUGUCUGAGUUACCUAAAUAUAUUUGAAGAGUCAUUCAAAGAGCUUUUCAAUAUAUAAAGUUAGUCAAACUCUUCCCAACAGAUAAGUAACAGCCAGUAUUUACUGAGUACUUACUGUGCCAAAUAAUGCCAAAGCUCCCUUUUUUGAGAUUGUUAAAUUCACUAUGAAACUUGAGAAUAUUUAAGGAACAGCUGUGAUUAGAAGCUGCUUUUAAUGAUGACUUUACUGUUGUGAAUUCCACCAGUAAACUAAAGGGAAGUUCAAGAUACUUCAGGUUACAUAGUGACAUCCCUCUCCUCACUGACGUUUUAAAACACUGGCUCGUUGGUGUCUUCAGUAACCCAUUAGAGAUUAUUUUCAUGUUUAUGAUCUUAUGGAUUGUUGAGUCUCUCAGAGCAACAGAUGAGAAAUGUUCGGAGAAAAACAACUACAGCAAUAUGUUGGACCCUGAACUAGAGAGGUGCCACUCCACGUGCUAUUCAUAAGAUAGACAUUUUAUUUUUAAAACAAUCCUCUCCUGACGGUGAUUGGGGGUUCUAGCACGAGUGUCUCAGAGCAGAACAAGGCAGUGGCUUGGACUGAUUUGGCUGGUGGGCGCCUUUCUGGAAUAACACCACCCAGUAAAGUACGUCCCUUCUCUCGGAGAGAAGCAUGGUGGUUGGAAGUCUCCUGAUCCCAUCUCCACCCUGUGCCUGCCGUGAGGUAAGACAGCCAGGCUUCCAGCAGCCUUUUGAUAGAGUUACUCUUUUUUCCAUCUUUCUCUGACCUUGAUCUUCUGAGCAAACAAAAAGUCUUGCCCUCUAGGUUAGGGUGAGGAAUGGUGUCAGAAAAGAGGAAUUGUUUGAACUUGUCCAUGUGAUUCUGGGGGAAAAGCAGAAUGGGAAAGGAGAGUGAUGUUGACGUCCAUGCUCUGCUUGGAUUCCCUUGGGCAUGGGUAGACAGACAUCCUUGUGCUCAAGUCAAACCUUAGCGGCUCACCAUGCCUGCCUUCUUAGGACAGCCAUCUCCCUUUCUCUCCAGCUUCCCAACCUCUGUGGUCUUUAGAACUGGCCUCUGGGAAUUUUUCAACCGAGGACCCGCCCUCCCCAGUUCUGUCUCUGUGUGUCAUGGGCGGCCAUUCUUCUCCAAGGACACAUGUGCCCUCACCCCCAUGCCACCAUCAUCUGUGACCUCCCAAGUAGGUUUCAGUGCCAUGCCACGCUCAUUCCCUAACUUCAGGAAUAUAGAUAAAACUAUGGCAACUUCAUUAGUUGACUCUAUUAAUUUAAGGAAAGUAACUUUUUAGCCACUAAAUUCAGUUCUCACAUAUGCAAAUAUGCCUCUACAUGUAAAGUAGUUUCCCAUUAUAUGACACGUUUCUUCCAAGGAACUCUAAAACACCUGGAACCCCAUCUGUCCUCAUGAUGCCUCAUCAAAGUAGCUAGGCAGAGGUAUUUUUUCUGUUCUACAGAUUUGAAAAGUCAGGUUCAGAGCCACUGAGUGGCUUGCCCAGGUUCAGCCCGUUGUCUAGGACUUCCAACUACACAGCCAGAAAACAGCAUGCUGCAAAUCCAAACCAUCUAACUUCUUGGCCUCCCCAUUCUUUUGCCAGGAAAGAACAAAGAAUCCAGGUGGUGAAGUGGGACAUUGUGCAUUUAAAAUGGUGAGAGUAGACAAUAGUGAGCAAGUGACCAACAAGGUAAACUGCACCUUCCUCUCUCUCCUUCUCCCCUUCUUUUUGUAACACUGGCUAUUUGAAUUAUGGGUUUGGAUAUUUAAGUUAUUAUCUAUUGUGUGCUUAACAUGGAGACAUUUUAACAUUCAAGUGUUCAUAUGGACUUGUGUCCACAUGCUAACAAAGACCAUCAGGGAAGAUAGGCAAAGUUUGCAACACGUUGGUUGGUGCCUUCAGAAAGAUCAGUGUAAAACACAGAUUAUGUUGGUGUUCUAUAGUACUUGCCAAUUUAACAGAAGUAGAUCAUGUACCUUUAACACAAAAUCGUGGUUUUUUGUAUUGAUUAUACAAUAAAAUUUUUUAUUCUGUAUAAUGUUAGGUAUUUUUUAAACCACCCUUAUCAUCUAUCUGUACAUCUCCAGCAUUUCAGGAAAAUAUUAGAGGGAAAGAAAAAAACAAUAUUACUUGGCCAUUUAAUUUGAAAUAAAUAUCAUAGAAUAGAAUUUGCAAGUUGCACACCAUUUGGGGAAUAUUGGGUAAAAAGUGUUGACUAUUUACAGAGGACUGAGGAAGCCCAGAGUCUACUUUUUAGAAGCAAGUUUUGUAAUGUGGUGUGUUGGUGGAACUUUUCUUUAGUAAUUUUGGUUUGCCAGAAUGAUAUCUCUUUUUUCUCAAGAAUAUAGAUUUCUGAUGAUCACAGAUAUAUUUAGAAUGUUCAUUUAGCACAGAAGAAUAUGUGUGAAUACUGUCCUUAGUCUCCUAUUUAUAGUAAUUGCAUGACAAGUUGUACUUCUCAAAAAUUUCACUCAAAGACUUCCAUAGACUUCUCAAGAGCCCUAAUCUACCAUGAUACAGGAAGAACGCUCAGAUUUGUUGGUAUGUUUUUUAACAUGGAAGAAUGUCAUUUAUAUAAACUUUCAGGAAAUUAAUUCAAUAAAGCCUAAGAAGAUAAAGUAAAAUUAUUUGGAAAAAAAAAGAUUUGAAGCAGUUAUCCAGAUAAUCUAGGAUAAAAGCAUCAUUUUUUUCUAAAGUAUUUCAAAUAGGACAAAAUGUAUCGAAUGAAUUUAUUUGUGAAUCAUAUGGAUAGUGAUCCAAAUUCUUCAAUUCACUUUUCUUAAAUCGUCAAUACAGUGGGCUGCUUCAAUCCUUUUAACAUCUAAUUUCCAAAUUUCUUCACCUCCUUCAACUAUUUGUUUUGUUGGCAGAAUCGCAGUAGGCUCAGACCUGCGUGCUUUGAGAGAAAACCUAGCAUGUGCUAGUGAAUUAGCCAUUCGAUGGUUACCAGAACUCCAAGAGUUUUCCUGUGUUCCCGACCGGUGGCUUUUGUCACCACCGUGCAAGCACAAGCCUUUGUGCGUCCGUGCCCAUAGCAACAGCCCUGUGGAUGACUUGGAGCAGGAGCUCUGCCAGUGCCCGUGCGAGCAUCCAGUGUGCCCUGAGACCAUAUGGCAGCGAGGAGGAGACUGGCUCUCCCUUUCUCCAGUUCCUCUGAGCCCCAACACAGCACCAACUGUCCUGCUGUCUCUCUGGCUUCUUGGUGAACUCUGGGGACCUCAUGUUCUGCUUGUAACACUUUUCCUAGUCCACACCUCGUGCACUGGCCCAGCUUGAGAAGCUCCAAGCCCGUUGCCAUAAACUGCCACCAGGUCCUGGGCAAGCCUGUGGCACCCACCACCCUUGUAGAAUAUUGUCUACAAGCCCUUUCCGGUUUCAGACACCAAAAGCUGCCAGAGUGGCAAACUGGAUGUACUGGGCUUGAUCUGGGCUUAGAAGGAGGAUCUUCGUCCCUCUGCUCCUGGGCCCCGCAGCAGUGAGCCAGACUCUCAGGCCAGCAUGGAACCCAUAAAGACCCCAGCCAAUUCCAACAAUGGUCCUGAGGGCCCCAAAGCUGCCCCUGGACUUGGGCAGGAACAGAGCACAGGACCAGCUGGGAAUGUCAAAUAAGUGCAGUUCACCAACAUUCAGUGACAUAAUGCAGCUCGGCUCAGCUCCCAGUCAGCCCUUAGCCAUCUCUGCGCCCCUCAAGUGCCACAGCUGCAGGCCCGCCAUAAGCCAUCAGACGGGGUGUGCCAGCAGGGCUUCCGGCUGCACCCUCUUCAUGCUACAGCAUUAAACCGAAGCACCAGUAACAACACAGAGAUGAGCACCAAGUGAAAAACCCAAAGCCUUAACAUCCUCUUGGAAAUCCUGUGUCAAUUGCAUGAUUUGUAACAGACAGCAUUCCAGGAUUUAACCAUCCCUGAGAUGAUCCAAUUACGAAAAUCAACCUCCACUGUCUCAGUCCAUGCAGUUCUCCUCAUACCAAAACCGAUUCUGUGAGACCCGCGAGCGGGGGUGUAACAUGACCCAGUCACAUCGCCCCCUCCAGCUUUCUCCUGACAGAUGGCCAGAGCAUGUUUUUGUUGUUGAUGGUGGUAUAUCACUGUGAAGGGAUAACGUGGUUUGUUCAAGCAGACUUUUGACUUGUGAGUGAUUAUAUGUUCUAUCCUAAAACUGACCUUCUGUCACACAAGCUGACUGAGGCUUCCUACGCAUGGGCACUGCACCCUGCUUAUCAUGAAAUACAGAAAGACAUCACAGAAGAGUAUAAUCUUUCCAUUCCAAAGCAUGGAUAAUUUUCUUUUUUAAUCAUCGUAUUUUGUAGAAAGUGCUUGUGGUUCUUUUUUUCCUCCCCUCCAACCUUUUUCUCAUUUACACUUAACCAUCUUCUCUUUUCCAGAAGAUAAAAGCACUGCUGAGAGAGGAACUCAGAGUUUCCUUUCAGUUAAAUAAGGGAAGGAGCCUAAUUGUAAAUAAAAAAAAUAAGAAACUGCUUAUGCUCUGUCAACCAAAACCAGGAAGAAUUAUAUCUGUGAACUAUUAAGCUAUUUCUGUAUAUAGAUAAAAGCACAUUAUCUUUCAUUCAUUGCUAUGGACCUUGUAAUCUAUUGUAUAUUAAAAUGUUUUACUGUAUCAGAGAAAACUUCACACUCUUGAUUGAGAAACGCUGGGAAAAUAAUUCAAAAUACAGUAUAAUUAACUCAAA